AUGAAUGGUAUAAUAAAUAAGGCGUAUAAAACAUUUUCAAAAAAUCAAAUUACUUGCAAACUAACCCACUUUGGAAGAGGUCAAAAAUAUUUAAAUGAAGCGCGUGACCAAAAAAGCCAAAACCCCGAAUCCUCCGCUUUAUUGUACAAAUAUGCUCUUAAUAACCUCGAAAUAGCUCAUAAUAAUCGUCCAAAUUCUGAUGAGAUCAAAGAAAUCUUAAUCCGGGCACGUGAAGAAUAUGAAGAGAUUUUAAAAGAAUUAUCUUUAUCCGAAAAUGAUUAUUCGAAAAAUGAACCGUCUGACGACCUCCAGCGUUUUAUUGAAAAUAAAUUUUUUUCGAAAAAUUAUAUUCCAGAGAAAAACCUACCUCUGAAUGAGGAUGAUGAACCUAGCAAUACUCAACAGUUGGCUCGUAAGCUACGCCGAAAUGAUAUUUCAGAUGAGCAAAAGAUGAAAUUAUGCAUAUUGGUGCGAAAAAUUAUCGAGAAGGAAGAGCUUUAUAGGCAUUUGGUAGAUAUCUUCAUUACUAAAAUUAAAAAAUCAAAUUUUCUAUAUCCGUCAUUAUUGGAAGGUUUAUCUCAUAUUAUCCGUCAGGCAAAUCCCAAACACCUAAAGCCUAAUGAUUUGGUUUGCAUUUUAAACAUAUUAAAUGUAAAAUUUAAAAAUCUUCAUCCUCAAGACAAGGAUCAACUGAUUGAAAUUACGCGAACGUUGGGAUGGCUAUUUGAUGUAAUGGCUGAUUGUAAAGUACGGGAUCUUAAAUAUGAAGAAUUGUGUAAACCAUUAUACGACACUUUUAAAAAACUAAAAAGUGAUAAUAAUCAAGAGCUAGUUUAUCUCGCAGGCUACGCCU